UAUCGUAUAAUACAAAUAUAUUACAUUUGAUUGUAAAUUAGAAUAAUAAGCAAUUACACUUUUUUAAUGUACACAAUAUACAUACACGCGAUUAGUUAACGAGUCUGAUAUAAUGAUACACAAAGUGGAUUUGAUGUUGAUUACAUCAAUACAGGUUUAGAUUGUUUAGAAGCGAUUCAGUCAUGUUUCGUCGUUUGAAUUGUUUGCGCAGAACGCAGCGCUUUUACUCGUUAAACGUAUCGAAUUCGCUGUUCGGCCGCGAAUCUUUUGUUCGCCGACACAUCGGACCCAACGAUGCCGACCAAAAUGAAAUGCUCAAAGAACUCGGCUAUCAGGUAAUACUGUAUUCAAUGUCGAAUUUAUGUAAGGCUAAGCGGAUUGAAUCGAUUUUCGGGCGCCGGGGAUCGUUGCAUAUUUGUUUUAAAUUAUUAUUAAUGUUAUUUUUUUUUUAAUUUGUUGCUGGUAAAAUUAAUAAUGAAUACAAUGUUUGAAAUAAACUAUUAUCGAUUUUUUUUCGAGAAACUACAACUUUUCUAGACGUUAGAAUCUAGAGGAAACAGUAAAAAAUUCACAAAAAGGCGGUUAAAUACGUCAAAGUAAAAAAAAUCACUUAAAAAAAAAAUAAAAAGUAAAAAUGGUAGACUAUAAUGGUGGUCUAUAAUAUUUGGGUAGUAUAGGUAAGUACUUACUAACCGACGGUUAUCAUUUGCGCUUCGUUUGUUUACCUAUUCCAAAAACGCGUUUAUCAUUUGCGAAUUAACGGUAGCGUUUCGUUUGCACACCGUCCGUUUACUUCGCGCCAACAUAUCAUACAUCAUUUACGCACCAAUACAUCGAACACCAGGUAAAAAAAAUUCUCUAUUUUCCAUGUUUUUUUUUCCAUACAAAAUAUUUUUGAAAAAUGACAGCAGCUUUUCCACGAUUUGAAUUUACAAAUUCUAACCGACCUCACUGUUUUAAAGUUAAACGUCGACUGCUAAUAGUCAUAUAAAUUAGGUAUAUCUAGUUAUAUAAUUUGAAAAUAUUUGGUUGGAUUGAGUAGUUGUUACAACUCACAUGCGGUUAUCGUCAUAAUUGGUAUAAUGUACAUGUAUAUUACGUUUUUUAAACAAAAAUACCUUCCAUACCUUUAUUUUUAAAUAUGUUCUUUAUAAUCAAUAAUUUAAAAAGAUAUUAAUACUUAGCUGAGAUUUUCCCGGGAGUUUUUCCAAUAAAUGAGAAAAGCAUGGUGAAAACCGCGAAAAGACGGGAAAAUAGGUACAAUAGUAAACAAACAUUAUUAAAGAAAAUAUAUAAUGCAUAUGUUAUUAUUUUACCAUAAUAUGACAUAUACAUUGUUAACAAAGCAACACUAUUAACCGAACUCAGCUCAGAAUCGUUUUUCGUUAGCAAUAGUUAUUAGUUAAUUAUUGCGUACAUACAUUAAAUUUCCCCUCUACUUUUCAAAUUUUUCAACUACAACAGUGACCCACCCAUCGUGUGAAGUAUGUCCGCAUCCUUUUUUUAAUUUUCUUUGUGAUAUUCUCAUUAAUGGAGAAAACCCGAGAAAAAACGUCGGAAAAACUGUAAUAUUUACUAAAUAACAAUUUCUGUUGUAUUCGUUUAUGUUUUUUACUGUAAUUCAGUGAAAAAUAACCGUAAUUCAAAAAUUUCACCGCAUACUUAAAUAUAUGUAGCUAUUUUCUGACGUGGUAAAAUUUUUAAAACAUUUCGGCAACCAGUUUGAUGCAACCGGGCAAAAGUGUUUAAGUAUUAUUUUACAGCUUGUAUUAUUAUUUAUUUAAAUCAAUAACAUUAAUAAAUGUAUAACAAUAAUUACUAUAAUAAUUUUGUUAUAAUAUGUAGGGUUCGUUUUAAAUGCCCUAAAAAUGCUAUGAAAAAUAGCCAAAACUGACUUACACAAUUUUUUGUUUUAAAUUAUUGUUUUAUUAGGUAGGUAAUUUUUAAUUUAAAAAAAUUGACUUAAUGCGGCGACCAUCGUGUUGGAGGUUAGACUGUCAUGUAUAUCUUUCUUUUGAUUAAAUAUACAUUGUAUAUUUAAUCAAUGUUUCGGGGCUGUAUUAUUCAUUAUAAAUAUACCAACAGUGCCGGCGUUACACAUGCUGGCGCCCUGGGGGGAACUAUGUUUUUCGUUCUCCCUCCAAUUAAUCGAGUACAGUUAUUAUCGUUGAGGCACCCUCCCUUACAGUAGGUUCUCUGGGCGUAGGCCCUGUUUACCCAUCCCUAACGCCGACCCUGUGUACCAACACAAUUAUUAAUAAUUACGAGAAAAGGACGUAUCAAACGCAUAUAGAACGAUUGACUGUUUAGAUAAAACCGAAAUAAACCUGAAAUAACCCAUGAAUCUUAAAAAAACUUCUUUAAUAACAAGACACAGUACCCCGUGGGUACCCAAUCAUAAACUUGUGACAACCCAGUUGUUAAUACUGUAAUCCUGUUCAGGAGUGUGAGGAUACAUGUCAUAUAGACAACCCCUUUUUUAUUAUGUACCGCUGUGUCCUGGUGAGGAUCGUUCGUUUUCAACGGUAAUUGUUGGAUACUAUUGGGUCUAAGAUGAGUCCGUAUUUUUUUUUUUUAUUCCAUCUAUCACUAUAAUGUCUACACGAUAUUGCAGCUGUAUUACAUAAUGUUUAAUGAAUUACUGAGUUCAACUGGGCAAUGGCAAACAACACCGCUAUUGUCGAUGUAUUAUCUUAUUAAUAAUAUAAGCUAAAGAAACAUGUUUAACAUUAUUAUUUUAACGAUGAUUGUUUAAAAUAUUACUAUAUUAUAGGUUAAAGGUGUGUUUAAAAUGUCAACCUGUAACAUAAUACUUAAGUAUAAAUUCAACCGAGGGCUUCAUAUAGAGUUGGUUGGUAGUAUGGGAUGUGCACUUUAGUGCUGAGGCAAUAAGACAUAUCGAACAUGCUACAGAGCACUGCAUAGGCCUUAUAUUUAAAGUCCAAGCAUGACCGAAAUGAAAACAUACUGUACCAGCCCAAAUUUUAUUUAAACAUUUGACCAAGCUCGGCCCAACCCGGCCCGGACCGGACUGAUUCAUUUACAAACACGGCUAUAGGCCCAACCAGGCCCGAUCAUGCGGUCUAGUCAUUACAUAUAUCUCUAUUCUCCAUAGUAUAUCCCAUUACAAUAUUAUCUACAAAACUAUUAGAUAAAUAAAAGCACAAACCUCCUUUUAUUAUUAGCCAUUUAAAAAUUAAACCACUGAACUUACGCGGACCAUAAAUUGGUAUUUUCAGAGUUUAGAAGACUUGAGCAAGGCCGUGAUCCCAGAUAACGUUUAUCUCCAGAAGACGCCUAAUUUAAAAUCAUCAGUUAUUAUAGGUAUGUUAAUACAUGUUAUUAUAUCGUGGUAUCAAACAAUUUGAUAACCUUUUGGUUAUACAAGGGUAUUUUAUGAUUGUUCGUAAUUUACGCAUUCAUUAAUAUUAAAUUCACAUUACCGAACUAUUUCACAGUAGAUAUAAUCGCUAGGUAGUUUUUUUAUUAUCUAUUGGAAACCUAUUCCGUACAACAUCACGUGAUUUAAUAAAAUCGCAUUGUGUAGUUAUUGAAUUAACUUUUAACUAUGUACCUAGGUAUCUUUUGUUUUCUUAUGCAAGUGCCUUUAAAAUUGUACAAUGAAUAUACCUACUAAGUGCAUUCUAUGUAUCAUGAAACGCAUCUAUCUCUUUAACCUAUGUAGGUACCUAUUCCCAAUUAAAAACAUAAUUAAAGAUAAUAUUUAUAUUAAUUUAAUAUAAUACUUAUUGUACCUAUUGUGAAAAGAAUCUAUAAUAAAAUGUCUUCAUCUAAAUCCCAUUCGGACAAAAUCCCGUCUGGACAAAAUUUCUCCCGGACAAAACCCCACCGGACAUAAUCCCACCGAAAAAAAAAAACACAACUAAAAAGGAUGAAACAAACAACAAUGUAAACUGAUUUUUUUUGACAACUUUUCCUUUACAUUUAAUCUAGCUAAGUUAUAUCAUCCGAAAAAUCCUAAAAAAAAAAUAAUUAAAAAUAAUUUUAUAAUUUGAUUCGUCCUCUUUGUGUGUUUAUUUUUACUUUUUGCGGGGUUUCGUCCGGAUCACUUGUGAAAAUAUGUUGAUCUAUGUUAAUGUAGGGUCAGGACUCAGGGUAUUUCGAUAAAAAUAGAUUGUAUUUUUGUUUGAUAGCUAUUCGAGCGUCUUUUCGUUAAAUUCUGAAUAUCUAUUAUUAGAUAUACCAGGACAAAUAAAAAAAAAAAUUAAAAUCAAUAAUUAUAAAAUACUUAUUUAUUAUUAAAAAAUAUUUAUAUUUUAAUUAAUAUAUUGGUGUUAUUUGCUUAUUUCAUAGACGAACAAACUUUAUCGACAUUAAUAAAAUCGAUCGCGAAUAAAAAUGAGAUACGACGAAGUUACAUCGGAAUGGGUUACCACGGCUGUCAUACGCCACACGUGAUCACGAGGAACAUGUUGGAGAACCCAGGCUGGUAAUUGUAACAUUUCUCCUGUUUAUAUAUUGUAUAAAUAAUGCAGUAAUAUUGCUAAAACAAAAAUCCACUUUAUACACAGGUUGACGCCUUACACCCCUUAUCAGGAGGAGAUCGGCCAGGGCAGACUGGAAAGCCUGUUGAACUUCCAGACAAUGGUCGCUGAUCUGACGAGCAUGGGCGUGGCUAACGCGUCACUGCUGGACGAAGCCACCGCCGCUUCCGAAGCGCUGGCGAUGACGUACAGGCAAACUAAACGGAAAUUCUGGUUUGUGGCCGACAAUGUGCAUCCGCAGACGUUGGCCGUGGUCCAGACGAGAGCUUCAGCCCUUGGCAUCGAGGUGUGCGUCGGUGACCCGAACCUGGCCGACUUUAAACCGUACGCCGGUGUACUGUUACAGUAUCCGGACACGUAUGGCUGUUUGAUGGACAUCGGCGAAAUCGUAAAGGCCGCCCACGACAACGGAGUACGUAUAAUACCCUGACUAUAUAGACUAUAUAGACUCGGUUUGGAUUAGGGUGACACGAGAGACAAUUUAAGAGAUCAAGAUGGCAUAAAUAACUGGCGCGUUGAAAGAAAUGAGGAUAUUAUGAUGUAAGAUACGAAGAUAUGGAGGGAAGAGUAACAGCGUACUUGGUAUUUAUCUGGAGAACUAGAACUGAAUCAUCCGACCUCGAUGUGCUACAGUUUAGAUUUCAGGACAAUAAUCCAUAUACUAUGUUCCUUAAUUUAUCUGUACUGGCAUUAGCAGUGGCAUCACUGAUAGCAUCUCAUCAACCGUACUAUGAAACACAAGGUUAGGAAUGAUAAAGACAUCUUAGGUGUCAUCAAAGAUUUUCAGAUUUAAAACGAAACAAUAUCGGCGCCAUUCCGGAUGAAUUAAGAAAUAUGAAGACUUGAAAUCAAUAACGGGUCAAGUGCCAGUUAUCCAUAAGACCAUAAGUGGUCGUUGAUUUUUAUUUAUUCCCGUUAUUGCACAUAGCUUUUACGUAAUUUUGUUGGACCUUGUAGACAUUACUUUUGUAUUGGUGGCACAUUGCGUUCUUUAUAGGUUGCUGGCGAUGGUAUACAUAUAAGUUUUUCAGGUCAAACUCAAUUUUUUUUUGGCACUUAGCACGUUAUUGAUUUAAAGUCUUCAUAUAUGGAACGGUUACAAUCUGGCCUAAACUAAUCUAACCUAACCUGCAUGUCUUUAAUAUUAAUCACAGUGUUUUUAUAGGCGCUGGUCGUGUGUGCUGCGGAUCUGCUGUCACUGACCCUGAUCAAACCACCUGGCGAAUACGGCGUCGAUAUCGUAGUCGGCUCCAGCCAGCGGUUCGGCACUCCGCUCGGGUACGGCGGACCGCAUGCCGCGUUCGUCGCGUGCAAAUCUGCCCUGGUGCGACUGAUACCCGGCAGGGUGGUGGGCGUCACUAGGUGAGAUUAGAUAGUGUGAUUCAAUUUCUUUAAAGAUUCUGAGCGCAGAGAGUAAUUGAAUACUCUCUAGUUAGGUUUUACUGUAGUACUUUUUUCGUCCAUGAGCAAAUUUUCCAUCAGAAAUCUUGCUCCCAUAAAAAAAGACUACAUAAAAUAUUUGUUGUAGCAUUUCGGAUCUAGUUGGUGCUAAAGAGGCUAUUCUCUCUGAGAAGUUUUCUUUAAAUUUUGGAAUAACCCGGAAAAUCAUAAAAAUCUACGGUAUAAACGGUUUCGUUAUUUUCGAUUUGGCUUAAAAUGGUUGGGCCAAAUUGAAAUGAUUGCAAAUUGAACAAGAAAUUCGCUAUAAGUUAUACUUAGUGGCAUAAAAAAAUAAAAAUUGAGCGUAAUAGAGACAUUUUUUAUUUAAUAAUGGUUUUAAGUUCAUAUUUUGACGAAAAUUAUUUCAAAACACGUGUUAAUUGAAUUUUGCUCAGAAUCGUAAUAUAUCAGAAAUGAUUUGUUAUUGCGUAUAAAUAAUAAUUAAAUAACUUUUUGUGUUCUACCUUCCGGACUUCCCUCGGACAACUGCAGUGGCACAUCCAUCAGCUGCAUUAUCAGCUCUUUUUGGUUCGCAAUUUUAUGUGGUUAACGUUGUCCAUUUUUUUUUUUGCCAGGGAUGCGGAUGGCAAUCAGGCUUACCGGUUGACGUUGCAAACCCGUGAACAGCAUAUACGCCGCGAACGGGCCACCAGUAACAUAUGCACGGCCCAGGCCCUGUUGGCCAAUUUGGCGGCCAUGUACGCGGUCUACCAUGGGCCCAACGGCUUGCGAGACAUUGCCCGGCGGGUGCAUCACAAUACUGUGGUGCUAAAGGCGGCGCUGGACAAAAUACAAGACUGCAGUACAGGUGACGGUAGUUAUUUCGACACCUUGAACGUGAAAACCAAAAUUCCCAGACAGACGAUAAUAGACAGGUGCAACGAAAAGAUGAUCAACUUGCGGUUUUUCGACGAUCAAUCCGUAAGCGUAAUCAUAUUAUUAUUAUUAUCUAAUAAUAUUAGUGAUGGAAAAUCUGGAUUUCGGAUUUUGGAUUUCAGACAAUGAUAUCCGAAAUUCUGUAAUUCAUAAUUCGGGCUUCUGUUUUUAAAAUUUCUAUUUUUUUUUUGAACCAUUUAAUUUCUACAUACGAACAUUUUUAAAUUAAAUUACAAUAUAAGAUUAUAUUUGAUUCAUAAAAAGUAAUUUCAGUUAAAGUGAUUUUAUAAAUUAAAUAUUUAAAAUCAAAGUUCCUAAAUCCAAAUUCACAAUACAAUUUUCGGAAUUUAGCUAUCUGUCUUUUUAGAUAUUCUCGUACUUCGGCCGAAUUUUUCUCAUCAUUAAUAUAUUUUAUUCAUAUAAUUAUAAUAGCAACAACAAAAAGUGAAUAUUUCAAUUUGGUAUUUUAAUAUAUACUAUUAUAAUAGCGAUUUAUUUUAGAUUGGUAUAUCGCUGGACGAAACGAUAACGGCUAACGAUUUGAAUGACUUGUUGUGGAUUUUCGGAUACGAAAAGAGCAUAGAUGAAGUGAGUACACGGAUAAUAGAUACAAUAAUAAAACAAACGGAAAAUAAAUAUUAAAUAAUAAUGUAAAAAAAACAAAAUCUAAUAAAAUUGCAUCAAAGUUUAAAUUGAUUGUUUUUAAAUGUAUUUAAUUGACUGUUUGUAGAUCAUAUUGUCUAAUGACGAACUUUUAGAAAAAAGUGUAAGUAAAACAAUAUUUAAGAGGACCUCGCAGUAUUUACAACACCCAGUAUUCAAUAAUCAUCAAUCGGAAACGGAAAUCGUUCGGUACAUGAAACAAUUGGAAAACAAAGACGUUUCCCUCGUCCAUUCCAUGAUUCCAUUAGUAAGUAAAAAGUAAAACAUAUUUGUUACAUCCAUAUGAAUAUUUCGAUUAGACAUAAUAUAUUAAACGUACUUUUAUUGAAUUUAUAUAAUUUUUUUUUUUAUAGGGUUCGUGUACAAUGAAAUUAAACGCUACCGCUGAACUGUUACCGCUUUCGGAACCAGGGUUUACCAACAUCCAUCCGUUUGUACCGCCCGGUCAGGUUUCGGGAUACCAAGAAAUCUUAGAAGAAUUAGAAUACGAUCUCUGUCAGUUAACUGGUUACGAUAAAAUAUCUUUCCAACCCAAUAGGUACCUAUACGAAAAAACGAUUGAUGACCAACGAAUUUGUCGAAUAAUUUAGAAUAAUAUACGACCUGCCUGUUGUGAUCUUACUAUAUUUUAGUGGUUCGCAAGGUGAAUUCGCCGGAUUAUGCGCCAUAAUGAAAUACCAUCAGCAUCGAGGUGAUGCAGAGAGAAGAGUGUGUUUAAUACCUACGUCGGCCCACGGCACGAACCCAGCAUCGGCACAAAUGGCUGGAAUGGAUAUACAGCUGGUAAACGUAUCCAAAGACGGUUGCAUCGACAUGCAACAUCUUAAAGAUAAAGUAAGCGAACAUAUGUAUACAUUUAAUUUUUCUCUUCUUCUACUUGACUUCGGCUCUUCAGACCACAACACUAAAUUAAAAACCUGUUUAAUCUAUCGCUUGUUCUCUGCAGCUUCUCUUCAUUUGGUUUUCGGCUCCACUGCAUUAAUGUCCCUUUAAAUACCACAUUAACCUCGGUCUCCCUAAAGGCAUUUUUCCUAUAUAAAUCUAUAAUCCGCAGUGAAAUAAUUUUACUCGUUUGAUUGUCACAGGUUAAUGCGCACAAAAAUCAAUUAUCUUGCAUAAUGAUUACGUAUCCGUCCACUAACGGGGUAUUCGAAGAAACCGUUAUAGAAAUAUGCGAUAUAAUUCAUACGAACGGAGGACAAGUUAGUCACAUUAUAGACAUCUCGUCUGCACGAUAACAAAUUAUAUUAUUAAACUGAUAACUUUUAAAUGAUCAGGUGUAUUUGGACGGAGCCAACAUGAACGCACAAGUCGGUCUGUGUCGACCCGGUGAUAUCGGAUCAGACGUAUCUCAUUUGAAUCUGCAUAAGACGUUCUGUAUACCACACGGCGGCGGUGGUCCCGGUAUGGGGCCGAUAGUGGUGUAAGGCUGAACCAAAACUAGUUCCCUGUUAAAAAAAAAAAAUGACAUAUUAACGAUUUAAAUAUACUUUGUCCGUUUUAGCAAAUCACAUUUAGCACCGUUUCUACCUAGUCACCCGAUUAUCGGUAACGGUAACGGCGAAUUAAGCCUGGGUACAGUUAGUGCCGCUCCUUUCGGAUCGGCCUCAAUUAUACCCAUUUCCUGGGCAUACAUAAAAGUACAUAAUAUUCGUAUAAUACUUAUUGCGCUUCACUCGGAUGCAAGUAUAGAGUAAACGUAUUUAUAAAAACAAAUCAUAAUAUGAUUUCUAGUUGAUGGGUUUUGAAGGGCUCAGGAAAGCGACUCAAGUGGCCAUAUUAAACGCCAACUAUAUGAGUAAAAAAUUGAGUUCGCACUACAAAACGUUGUUUGUGGGCACCAAAUGUGGUCUCGUUGCUCACGAGUUCAUAAUCGACACGAGAGAAUUUAAAAAGACGGCCAAUAUUGACGCGACGGAUAUUGCCAAGCGGUUGAUGGAUUACGGUGUGUAUUGCGCGACGAUUGAAACGUGUGUAAUUGAUUUUAAAUAUUCCGCGAUUUUGUCCGCAGGAUUUCACGCACCCACCAUGUCUUGGCCGGUAGCCGGUACGUUGAUGAUUGAACCUACGGAAUCGGAGAGUAGAUUAGAAUUGGACAGGUUUUGUAACGCUUUAAUCAGUGAGUGAUGUAAAAUGACGCUUUUUUGCCGAAAAAUAUUGUUUUUGUUUUUUAUGUUCCGUUUAACAGGUAUAAGAGAAGAAAUCAGACAAAUAGAAAACGGCACAGUCGAUCGGGAACAAAACGUUUUGAAACUGGCGCCGCACACGCUAAAACAGAUUUGUAACGACGAAUGGAACAGACCGUAUUCGAGAAACGUUGCGGCUUAUCCGAUGGUAAUUAUUAUUUACGGUUUAAGAUUACGUAUUCGAUAAAAUAAUAUAUCCAUCUGUCACGCAAGUAUAAUACGGACAUCAUUAUUACCGUACAGGGCUACGAGCAAAAAGUUUGGCCGAGUGUCGGGCGUAUAGACAGCAAAUACGGCGAUCAAAAUGUAAUGUGCAGUUGUCCGUUGGUUUUUUAAAAUAUUAUACACGUAUAAAACACCUCCAACACAUUCCAUCAUUUUACACUCUAAUAACAGCGGGCAGUCCACUGUAUCCACAGCUGAUGUAAAUAACGCAAGAACGUAACAUUACGCAUUAUCGAUCAAAGCAAUAAUUAUUUCAUGGAAUAUUGAUUAAAUACGAGCGCGAUAUUCAAACGUCCAGUAUGUAUAAUAUUAUUAAUAUAUAUAUAUAUAUAUAUAUAUAUAUAUACAUACAUGUAUAUAUUCUGUAACCUAAGAUUAAAAAGUAUUAUUUUUAAUAACAAUAAUAACAAUAAUGAUACACAAUAUACGAAUAUAUAUUUGCUGUUUUUUGUUUUACGCUUGAAUGCGAACCCAGAAACGAACCGGUACACUGCGCUGUAACUGUUCUGCCGCAGCACAGCGGGCCGGUGCUUUUAGAAGGCCCAAUACGUGAUGAUUUAUUUAACCAUCAUAUUUAUGUUAUUUUUGAAUGUCAGUUUGAAAAAAAUACGCAGCAAAAUAAAAUUUUCAGUCUGUAGAACCGACGUAUUUCUAGAACAGUAGCAAAUGAUGAUGGACGAUGGAUGACAGGAUAUAAGCAUUGUGCCCUUGUCAAAGUUGUACCCAGUUAUAGUAAUUCCAUCCGAAAACAAUUUUAAGUUAAACGACCGUUAGUCUCAAGUAUUUUUAAUUUUAAUAAACUAUAGCAAAACAAGUUGUGAAUUUUGAUGGUUAAUGGAAAAAUGUUGCUGUCAAUUUAUUUUUCUAAAUAAGCAAGUAAUCUUAAGUUACCUACUGAACUUCAA